GCCUAGCUUGUACAAGCGCAUGAUGCUUCUGCAGCAGAGAUCGAGAUCGAUGUCAGCGUCCUGGACUUCAUGCAGACUUCAGCUUAGGCCAAUGUCCUCUUUACAAGUAGCACUGUAGAGUGUAGUGUCGCAAAGUAACAUAGUUGUUCAUAUCACGGUUGGGACUGUGCGCCAGUGGUUCAGCCAUCUUCAAAAUUUAUCGGUUCCUCUCCAGAAAGUCAGCACGGUUCCUGAGAACCGCAAUGCGCUGAGUAGUUCCAGCGACCUGCCCCACUCUGUUCGUCGUGGUGGACCACUGAGUCUGUCGAGGUGUUGAAGAUCUAAGUACUUCAUUGACGGUCUCAUUACUUCAUUGAAGAGGUCAAAAUGGCCAGUGGAGGGACUCAUCAGGCGACUGCCAGUAAUGUCCAGGUUGCUAUCAGAUGCCGGCCAUUCAACGAUGCGGAGAAGGCGCAGGGCAGCACGCGCGUGAUCAAGAUGAGUGGCCAGAAGGUCACCAUACACAACCCGGCACCGGGCGGCAGCGGACAACACAAGGACAAAGAGUUCUUCUACGACUAUUGCUACUUCUGGGAUGCAAAGACAGACGCCAUUUACGACAGCCUCGGGGCACCGCUGCUGAACAAGGCGCUGGAUGGAUACAACGCCACGAUCUUUGCCUAUGGUCAGACGGGCAGUGGCAAAACGUAUGGCAUGUCCGGUACGCCAGCGGAGCCCGGAAUCAUCCCAACGAUGAACAGCCAGCUGUUUGAGCGCAUUGAAUCGUCGCCGCCGAACGUUGAGUUCCUGGUGACUGUCUCCUAUCUUGAGAUCUACCAGGAGGUUGUGUAUGACUUGCUGAAUCCGCACGGCAAGGACAUGAAGAUCCGCCAGCACCCAAAGCUGGGAGUGUACGUCGACGGUCUGGCAGAGCUGGUGGUGCGUUCCAGCGAGGACAUUGCUCGGCUGCAGGAGCAGGGUAACCGGGUGCGCAGGAUGGCAUCCACCGAAAUGAACAAGACCAGCUCUAGAUCUCACAGCGUGUUCACAGUCGUGGUGCAGCAGAAAGAGACUGACUUGGAUGACGGGCAGAGUCGAGGUCAUCGCGCCAAGAUCAACCUGGUCGACUUGGCCGGCUCGGAGCGAGCCGAUCGAACGAAGGCGGAGGGACAGACACUUAAAGAGGGUGCCUUCAUCAACAAGAGCUUGGCAGCUCUGGGCAACGUAAUCAACGCUCUAGCAAUGCCAAAGAAGGGAGCUCACAUUCCCUACAGAGACUCCAAGCUAACACGUAUUCUUCAGGAAUCGCUUGGUGGCAACUGUUUGACUGUGAUGCUAGCCAUGGUGUCUCCAGCUGAUGUGAACUUCUCGGAGACUGUAAGCACUCUGGAGUUUGCCAACCGAGCGAAGAACAUCCAGAACAAGAGCCACAAGAAUGAGGACGAGAAUGCCACGCUAAUCAGAUCGCUACGUGAGGAGAUUGCGGCGCUGAGAAACAAGCUGCAAAGCGCCGAUGCGGGACAGGGCAGUGAAGAAGUCUCCAAGAUGGAGGAAAUGGUUCGCAGCCUGCAGCUCGCCAAGCAGCAGACCUGGGAAGAGCGCGAGAGGCUGUCCAUGGUGUUCGAGGAAGACCGACGGAAGAACUUGGCCAACAAGGGCAUCUUGGAGUGGGUGAUGGACAGUGUGAAGAAGGAGAACCGUGAAGUCCAGGCCAAGAUGGCGCAGCUUCAAAAGGAACGAGAUCAGCUCUCGGCGGAGUACAAACACUAUAAGAAGGUGACUGACGACAUGCGCGUGGAGCUGCAGACGAAAAUCGACCAAUACUCCGACGUGGCAAAGUCAGGAGAUAAACAGGGUGAUGUCCCCAAGCAGCACAUGGACGAGAUCCAUCAGCUGAAAGAGCGCUUCAAAGUCGCCAACGAUCGCCUCAAAGAAUCCAAAGGGUCGCUUCAAACCGUUCGCCAGCAGCUGGCUACAGCCAAGGAGGAUGCCAAGGCACACAGCUCAUUCUUGGCUGGCAACGCAGAGCUCCGCCAGCUGAUUCAGAAAGAGGAGAUGGACAAGCUGCGUAGUGAGAAUGCCACAACACUGAAGGAAGCGAUGGAACACAUGCGCAUGGAUAUAGAACAGGAAAAGGCAGACCUGCAGGUCCGCUUCGCCGAGGGCGCGGAGGUCAACACUGACCGCAUGAUGAAGCUCGAAGUCAAGGCAGUGGAGCUGAAGGCUGAGCAUGAUGUGCUGGGAAUGCAGAUGGAACAACUGGAGUCUGAGAAACAGAAGCUGCAGCGUGACCUGGAGGAUGCUUACAAGCGACACAACGAUGAGCUGGAAAUACAGAAACUCAAGCAUUUCCAGACAUUCCGAGCUUAUCGCCUGGUGUUCGAUGACCAGAAGAAGGUCCUGGAGCAGCGCUAUCGCAAGCUACUGGAGGACUCCAUUCAGGAUGCCGUGUACCUGUCAGCCAGGAACACGGAGCUGUCCCUGGAGAAUGAACGACUGCGGAAAGAGCUGGCCGAUUCCCGAUCGGUAUGAGUGGUGGCAUGCGCGUAGCCGGUUGGGUCGAUGACUCGGUUCCGUCGCCAUUGGACACAUUGCGACGACAAGGGUACUGUAGACGUGUACCCGUACAGUCAGAUUGGUGUGAUGAACGUGUUCCAAACCCACUAUUCCUGGCAGGGCAUUCUCCACGGUGGUAACUUCAAAGCACGCAAAAAUACUAAACCAAAUACAAACAUUUCCGUAACUUAUGACAGAAAUAUCCACCCACUAUGGUUUUUUUAAUAGGAGGCUUUGAAAAGCUAUUGUUCCACAUCGAAUGAUGAACGUUUGUGCAUCAGAGAACAAACACAGGGACACUGCUAAUUAUUUUUGUAAGAAACCAUAAGUUGCAAUGGCCAUUCCACUAUCCAGCUGAUUCAAUUCCCAACUGGCAUGAAUUUCAUGUGCCCUAAUCGAAUAAGGCCCAGAAUUUACAUGAAACUAUCCUCUACAGCUUACAAGUUUGUACUUGGCGACGUGAUUCAUCCUUCAUGAUGGGUUGAAAGACGAUAUUUUGAUAAUUUUUCAGACUUAAAUUACAUCUAAGAUUCGCUUGGACGCUUCUCUUCUAUUAGCAUUUCCUCGGAAGUUUGCCAGUUUAUUCUAUUCGCUAUUAAAUUUUCGUAUUCCGACUUCAGUACUCUAGAAAUUGUUUAUGCACAUGCGUCCUGAAAAUCACUCUCUCCUGCAAAUCUCAAGACAUAUCACUGCUGUGCGGAUUGCAUGUCUCAACCACCCUACCCUGUUGUUUCGCUUUGUAGCUUGCUGCGUAGGUCAUUCAACCCUGAUCUGCCGAGCAUUAUUAUUCUUCCAAGCUGGAAGAACCAGUA